UCCCAAAGUCUCCCCAGUUCUUUUCUUCUUUUCCUCCAACACUUUAUAGCCCUAGAGUUCCCAAGCACCAUGACCUGUGGAUCAGGAUUUGGGGGCCGAGUUUUCAGCUGCUUCUCAGCCUGUGGGCCCCGGCCUGGCCGCUGCUGCGUCAGCGCUGCUCCCUACAGAGGGGUGUCCUGCUACAGGGGGCUGACCGGCUUUGGCAGCCGCAGCAUCUGUGGGGGCUACAGGGCUGGCUCCUGCGGCCGCAGCUUUGGCUACCGCUCUGGGGGGGUGUGCGGGCCCAGCCCCCCCUGCAUCACCACUGUGUCUAUCAACGAGAGCCUCCUGACCCCCCUCAACCUGGAGAUCGACCCCAAUGCCCAGUGUGUGAAGCAUGAGGAGAAGGAGCAGAUCAAGUGUCUCAACAGCAGAUUUGCUGCCUUCAUUGACAAGGUGCGGUUCCUGGAGCAGCAGAACAAGCUUCUGGAGACCAAGUGGCAGUUCUACCAGAACCGGAAAUGCUGCGAGAGCAACCUGGAGCCCCUGUUCCAGGGCUACAUUGAGACCCUGAAGCGGGAGCUGGACUGUGUGGAGGCUGACAGUGGGCGCCUGUCCUCUGAGCUUAACCAUGUGCAGGAGGUGCUGGAGGGCUACAAGAAGAAGUAUGAGGAGGAGGUAGCUCUCAAGGCCACAGCUGAGAAUGAAUUUGUGACUCUGAAAAAGGAAGUCGAUUGUGCCUACCUUCAGAAGUCUGAUCUGGAGGCCAAUGCUGAAGCUCUGACAGAAGAGAUAAACUUCCUCCGGGCUUUAUAUGAAGAGGAACUCCGAAUCCUCCAUACCCACAUCUCAGACACCUCUGUAGUGGUAAAGAUGGACAAUAGCCGAGACCUCAACAUGGACUGCAUCAUUGCCGAGAUCAAGGCUCAGUAUGAUGACAUCGCCAGUCGCAGCCGGGCUGAGGCUGAGUCCUGGUACCGCAGUAAGUGUGAAGAGAUAAAGGCUACAGUGAUCCGCCAUGGGGAGAGUCUGCGUAGGACCAAGGAGGAAAUCAAUGAGUUAAACCGCAUGAUCCAGAGGCUGACCGCUGAGGUGGAGAAUGCCAAGUGUCAGAACUCCAAGCUGGAGGCUGCCGUGUCCCAAUCUGAGCAGCAGGGUGAGGCUGCCCUUAAUGAUGCCCGCUGCAAGCUGACUGAGCUGGAAUGUGCCCUGCAGAAGGCCAAGCAGGACAUGGCAUGUCUACUGAAGGAGUACCAGGAGGUCAUGAACUCCAAGCUGGGGUUGGACAUUGAAAUUGCCACCUACAAGAGACUGCUGGAGGGCGAGGAGCAAAGGCAAUGUGAAGGUGUUGGCGCUGUGAAUGUCUGUGUCAGCAGCUCAAGGGGAGGAGUGGUCUGCGGUGACCUGUGCACAUCUGGCUCCAGGCCAGUGACCGGAAGUGUCUGCAGUGCUCCCUGCAGUGGGACGGUGGUGAGCACUGGAGGACCUUGCGUGCCCUGUGGCCCCUGCAGCUCCAUCACAUCCUGCGGCCUGGGGUCAAGGGGUGUCGGAUCCUGUGGUAUCAGACUCUGUGGAGUUGGCUCCUAUGCCAGCAGCUGCCGCAAAUGUUAGGCUGGAUCCAUACCUGCUGAGCUCCGUCCCCAUGCUUGCCCUCAUCAUGCCAGCUGGGCAUGGCUCUGGGACCGUGAGCCCCAGUACGAGGGUCGUUGGCCUUUGUCCAGUCUCUCCCAGACCUGGCAGGUGUGUAGGACCUUUGUACAAUCACUUGAAUCGCACUUUAAAAUCCACUCCAGUUCUGACUUCUGAGAGGAAUGGGGGACUCUCCUCCUAGACUCCAGCCUCCCAUAGACUGGCAAAGGAUGCCCAGGGAAAUCCAUGGUAAUUAGCUGCCCAAUGUUCACUAGACUGCCUAUGACCAAUGGACAGAACUCCAUGUCCCAACCCUUUCCCACCUCUUCUCUUUCUUCUCUGUCUUAGAUAUCUUUGUCCCAAUCUAGGUAAUAAAUGAAUCUAGCUCCUCAUAGCCUC